CAACAUUUAAAUGUAUGUAGAGAGAGUUGUAAACAGGUUUAUAAAACAUUAUAAAUAACCAGAUCUAGAGACACCAACCUGGAGAGAAUCUGUGAACACCAGAACACAGCAAGAUGAGGAUCCUGCUGAUAUUCAUCCUCCUCUCCUUUAUGACAGGUUGUGUGAGCUCCUACAUAGUGCCUGGAUACUCUGGAGGAACUGUCAUCAUCUACUGUCAGUAUAACAAUGGGGAGAAGAGGAAUGGAAAAUAUUUCUGCAGGGAGCAUAACACUUUGGGUUGUGAGGAUAAAAUAAGAUCAGGUAGUCAGAACACCUGGCAGCACAGAGGUAGAUUCUCUCUGUAUGACGACACUGAGGGAAACUACUUCAAUGUGGUCAUCAAACAACUGACCAGACAAGAUAAAGGAACCUACUGGUGUGGAGUGGAUAAACUUUUAAAAUUUGACAAAUAUACCAGGGUGGACCUGGAAGUAAAGGAAGAGUCAACCAAACCAAUAACAACAACAACAUCAAUUGCAUCACAAUCGACCCCACAAGCCUCAACUUCUUCAUUCACCAAAGCAACCUCCAAGAGUCCUGCACCAUCAUCCAGGCCCCCGUCAGAACGUAAAGAAUCUGAUACUCCAGUGGUCAUCUUGGUGUGUGUGAGUGUGGUUGUGUUACUGCUGCUUUUCAGUCUGCUAACAGUCUACAAACGGAAAUACAACCAGAACACAGGGUCUUUCUCCUCUACACAGAGAGCGAUCACAGGCCCAGGAAGCCACUUUGAGGGUUGUCAUGGUGAAGGUGACUAUGAGGAGAUUAAGGAGCAUUUCCAUACUUCCGACACAGGCGAUGGGACCAUCUAUGUCGACUUUCCCAGAAACCCCUCUGACUCUCUCCACUACGCCAGGGUCAACUUCCACAAGGAUCCCAGCUGCCCCAAUGAAGCCACCACCACCAUCACUAUAGAGGGCACAUCCUCCUGUGACUAUGCUACUGUAAAUGUUGUUCAAAACUCCACCUACUCUACUGUCAAUCAUCCACACAGCACAUCUGAAGCUCCUCCCAUCUACUCCACAGUCAGCAAACCAGGAGACACCUGA